UAUAUACGCAACAGUUUUCAUCGUAAAUAGUACUAUAUGUAUUGUACGAUAUAAAGCUUGGGAUACAAGGUUUUUUAACUGAAGACAUUUUCAUAAAAACACAUAACUUAAUAUACCUAAAACGUAAUGGGCCGAAGAAAAAGUAAGCGAAAACCUCCAAGUAAAAAGAAAGCUAUUCAACCAUUAGAUACACAAUUUAAUUGUCCAUUUUGUAAUCAUGAAAAAUCAUGUGAGGUUAAGAUGGAUAAAUCAAGAAAUACAGCAAGAAUUACUUGUAGAGUCUGUUUGGAAGACUUUCAAACUACAAUUAAUUUACUUUCAGAACCUUUGGAUGUGUAUAAUGAUUGGAUUGAUGCAUGUGAAAAUGCAAAUUGAAGUUUAUUAUCACUGAAUUUGAUUACUUCAAUGCUAACAAACUUUGUUUCCUUCACCAAAUUGUCAACAUUGUACAAUAUAAGUUAAUAUCAAAUUCUGUGCAAUGUAUGAAUAGUUAGUUUGCACUAUCUAUUUUAUCAAUGAAAGACAUGUAUACACAUGUAUACACAUAUGUUUAGAGUAAUGGAAUUUAUUAAACAUCCUAUUACAUUAUGUAUUGCACUAAGUUUAGUCAUAUGAUAUUCAUAUAAUCAUAUUUAUAUAUGUAUUAUCUAUUGUACUUAUUAAGUAUGUGAAUAUCUUUAAAGAUAAUGACAAUUAAUGAAACUACUUAUAUACAUAAAAAAAGAAAACAUGUAAUGUUUUAUAUGUACUGUAUGUUUUGAUUAUACAAUGUAUAAACUGUUAUUGUGAUACAAUAACAUGAAUAAAAUAGUUUAUAGUAUAA